AUGGACCAAAGAGAGUUUGCAUCUGCCCAUGGCAACGUUCCCGCGCAACAUUCAUAUGAAUUCGACACCAAGCCCAACGCUUUUGAGACCAUACCCUUGUCCGCCCACCGACCCACGGUAGCCCUUGCAGCAGAUCCUACCCACGACCCGGAAGACCCUUUGCGACACAAGAACAAGAAUGACUCGGAGAAGUUUGAUUCGUCGUCAGAAUCCGACACACAUCUAGGCGACGUAUCAGACAUCCAGAAUGCGAGUCAACGACCAGACCCAGGCGAGAGCAAGAAGCUCAACUGCACACAAACUGUCAUUAUAUUCCUGACCAACGAGAUUGGUAUUGGUAUAUUGUCUCUGCCAGCCGCUCUCAACACGCUCGGGUUUUUUCCAGGUAUUGUGUGCAUCAUUGGUAUGGGUAUGCUCAGUCUGUACACUGCAUACAACCUCAUACAGUACUGGCGAAAGUACCCUUACAUGCUCAACAUCGUCGACUACGGCCGUGUCCUCGGCGGUCCCUGGGUCGAAUGUGUCUUUGCUGUUGGCUUUUUGAUCAACAUGGCACUUAUUAGCGCUUCGGCAGUCGUCACAAUCUCGAUCGGACUUAAUACUGUCAGCGACCACGCAACCUGCACAGUCGCCUUCACCGUCGUCGCCGCUGUGGCUAUGUGGGCAAUGUGCGUACCACACAGCAUGCGCUUUGUCUCCUGGGCAUCCUGGCCGUGCACCAUAUCCAUCAUUGCGACUGUCAUGGUUGUCAUGAUCGCCCUGGGUGUUCAGGGCCCUCGCAACCCUGAAGCACCUCUGAACCUCAAGGCUAUCGGAAGCCCAACAUUCACGCAAGCUGUCUCUGCGUUCCUCAACAUCGCUUUCGCUUUCAGCGGCAACCAAGCCUUCCCAACAGUCCUCGCCGAAAUGGAGAACCCCUCCCGCGACUAUCCUCGCGCCAUCACGAUCGAAAAGUGUAUUUCCACCACCAUCUACGUCAUUGUCGCUGCGGUUGUAUACUCGCUAUCUGGUGAGCAAGUCGCUUCGCCCGCCCUCGGAUCUCUGAAGACUACAAUGGCCAAGGUCUCUUACGGUGUCUCAUUCAUUGGACUUCUCGGAACCGGCUUAGUAUUUGGAAUGACAGCUGGACGCUAUCUCCAUGUCUAUUUCCUGCGCCUGAUUAGCGAGAGGAAGGCCAAGAAGAACGGCGCUACGACAGAGCUCUCUCCCAGCGUUCCGAAAAGCUCCCGUGCUCGACGUGCUUCUAUCACCAUGACCGACGUUGGCAAGAAGACAGAGCAGGCAGUCUGGCUCUUCGCUGUGACUCUUUUCUGGGUCGUCGUCUGGAUUCUCGCCAACGCCAUCCCGGUCUUCAACUCCUUGCUCAACAUUUCCGCUGCACUUUUGCUAUCAUGGUUCACCUGGGGUGUUACUGUACUUUUCUGGUUCCAUCUCAACUGGCACGGCAAGUGGCGUUCGAGCUGGAAGAAGCUUGCUACGGCUGCUUUCAACGUUUUCAUUAUGAUUGUGGUCUUGUUCAUGGUGGUUCCUGGAAUGUCUUGUUGA